AUGGGCUUCUCACGUACAGCUUUGAUUUUGGCCUUCGCCUUCCAGCCUUUCCUAGGCGGAGCGUUGCCUGCCCCAUCACCACCUGGAAUUCCGUCUACCUCUACUGCUACCAGUCAGCUGGCAGGGUUGACCGUCGCUGCACAGGGAUCGCAGGAUGGAUAUAGUCGUGACAAGUUUCCGCACUGGAUUACUAUCAGUGGAAAUUGUGAUACACGUGAAACAGUCCUGAAACGGGACGGAACCGAUGUGGUCCAAAGUUCCAGCUGCAGUGCCACUAGUGGAUCCUGGUUUUCUCCGUAUGAUGGCGAGACCUGGACGGCUUCAAGUGACGUCGACAUUGAUCAUGUCGUCCCGCUAUCAAACGCAUGGAAGUCUGGUGCAUCCAGUUGGACCACAGCACAGCGUCAAGCCUUGGCCAAUGACCUUGAGAAUCCCCAACUUAUAGCAGUCACCGACAACGUGAACUCCUCCAAGGGUGACAAAGGCCCGGAAACAUGGAAGCCUCCUCUGGCUUCAUAUUACUGCACAUAUGCCAAAAUGUGGAUUAAGGUGAAAUCGGUCUAUGAUCUUACCGUAACUUCGGAUGAGAAGGCUGCUCUUAGUGAGAUGCUGGAUACUUGUUGA